ACAUUUUCACAAGAACAGAUAAUUCGUGCUGAAUUUAACAUCGUAUCCUAUAUUGGAAUCGGUACGAAUCAUACAUUAUCGAUAUUUGCACAAAUAGAUUUUUAUAGCGUAAAUAUAAAUACAGAAAAAUAUAGGUAGAUACGCCGGAUCAUUAAAGACAGAUUGAGACUGAAAAUGUUGAAUUAGAGCUGUUAGUAUUCGUGACAAAAUUGUCAGGAUAUUAGUCACGUGUUAUUGUGAUGUGCAUUCUUAUUUACUUAUGGUAGAUAACUGUGAUAUGCGCCUAUAAAAUUGACGGAUUAUAAAAUAACAUUGUCAAAUGUGCACAAAUCGAAAAAUGUGAAAUUUUACGAUUUAAUUGGGUGGAAUAUGAGAUAUUAUCAUAGACUGAAAUAAAUAAGAUAAACUAUAAACAUGAGUACAAAAAAGAUUAUAACGUUUGGAAAAAUCAGUAAGGAUUUAAAUCUGCAACAAGCUUCGGAGAGCAGAGAAAAUGUAAGUUCCGGUUUUGGUACGUUCGGUAAGAAAUUACCAGAAACCAAUGUAAUCAAGAUGAAUGAAAUUAAACCAGAGGACGAGGAGGAAACCCAUAACUUGAAACAAGUUAUGGGUAUAACCGGUUUUGGGAAAAAAGCCAAGUCGUUCGAUGUACAAGAAAUGUUAGAGAAUAUAUCAAAAACUAUUAACAGCAACAAACCAGCCGACAAUGACAAAGAGAAGAAAAGCACAGAAGCUGCGGUUACAUCCUCGAAGGAAGAAUCUAAGAAAGAUAACAAGGAUAAAGAAGACAGCGACGAGGAGGACGACGAUUUGGUUGGACCUCCGGUCCCCUCCGAUCUUCAAAACAGCUUAGUUUCGGAGAAAACGUCGAAGCAAAAUGAGAGCGAGGACGAGAACGACGAAGACGACGAAGAAGAAUCUGACAGCGAUGAAACGCACUUAAGAGAUAAAGUUCCAUGCAGCCACGAAGUCACAAUGACGCACGGCACAAAAGCAGUGACUGCCAUUGCAGCAGAUCCCUCCGGAGCAAGAUUAGCAUCCGGUUCGAUCGAUUACGAUGUUUGUUUUUGGGAUUUUGCUGGCAUGGAUUCCUCUAUGCGGAGCUUCAGAACCCUGCAACCUUGCGAGAAUCAUCCUAUCAAAUGUUUACAGUAUUCCAUGACCGGCGACGUUAUAUUGGUAAUAUCGGGGUCUGCGCAGGCAAAAGUUUUGGAUCGGGAUGGAUUCGAGAAGUGCGAAACGGUAAAAGGCGACCAGUACAUCACGGAUAUGGCGCGUACGAAAGGCCACACGGCGGGAUUAAACUGCGGCUGUUGGCAUCCCUUCACGAAGGAAGAAUACAUGACCUGUUCUCAGGAUAGCACCUGCAGGAUAUGGAUAUUGUACAGGCCACGUGCUCACAAGUACCUAAUCAAAUGCAGGGCCCAAAACGGAGUGAAGACUAUACCAACUACGUGCGGCUACAGCCGCGAAGGCACAGUGGUCGCUUGCGGUUGCGUGGACGGCUCUAUACAGAUGUGGGAUCAUAGGAAAAAUUUCGUGAAUCCGUCGUUGAUCCAAAGGGACGCCCACGCGCAGGGUUCCGAGAUAUCGAGCUUGAGUUUCUCGUAUCUCGGGCACAUGCUGGCGACCAGGAGCUGCGACGACACGCUCAAGCUCUGGGACUUGAGGGUGUUCAAGUCUCCUGUUUUCGAAGCCCGGAACCUGUACUCUCGAUACGACACGACCGACUGUAUGUUCAAUCCGGACGACUCGAUCGUGAUCACUGGAGAGUCCUUGAACAGGGGCCAGAACACCGGACGAGUACUGUUCUACGACACAAAAACGUUCGACCUGGUGAACGAGAUAAGCGUGACGAACUCGCACGUGAUCAAAACGUUGUGGCAUCCGAAGUUGAAUCAGGUAUUCGUUGGCUGCGGAAACGGAAUAGUCAAAGUGUACUACGACUCGAAGAAGAGUUUGAGGGGCGCGAAGCUGUGCGUGGUGAAGACGCACAUGAAACAGAAGCACAUCGAGGUGAUGUCCACUCAGCAAAUCAUAACGCCGCACGCUCUGCCGCUGUUCAGACAGGACAGACCGAAGUCCGUGCGCAAGCAGAUGGAGAAGGAUCGGUUGGAUCCGGUCAAGUCGCGCAGGCCAGACUUGCCGAUCACUUCCGGCCAGGGAGGAAGGGUCGCCUCCUCCGGAGGAACGCUCAGCUCGUACGUGAUUCGAAACUUGGGCCUGAGCAAGAGGAUAGAGGACGACCAGGACCCGCGAGAAGCGAUCCUCAAAUUCGCCAAAGUGGCCGAGGAAAAUCCAUACUGGAUAGCGCCGGCCUACCAGAAGACGCAACCGAGAACGAUCUUCCAACCCGAAGAGGCAGGCGGCCAGGAUGGACCGUCUGGCGCGAAGAAAUCGAAGACUUGAAGCGUUCAGUCGACUCGCUGUACCGGACGUUAGGCGAUAAUUCGGUUUCCGUACGUUGACUGCGAAACGGGGGAAGAGGACCGAAUAAUUUCGGAAGCUGCUGCUCGAUCCUGUUCGAAUCGCGGAUCGGUGGCGACGGGAUAAACGUAGAUCGGCGCGGAGAAGAGCGCGGUAUGGCGAAGCGAAACGUAUCUGUUGGUAGGACGAGGAGGAAAUCGAGGACCCGAAUCUAAAUAAAUCGAUCAGUAAAUA